AUGAUCCCCACGCCCUCGCUGGGACACCUGACCAGGUCCGACUUGCGGCGCGUGUACGAGCCGGCCGAAGACAGCUUUGCGCUCCUAGAUGCGCUCGAGGCGGAUGCCGACGCUCUACGCACCUCGCUCGGCACAUCUGCUCCUCUGUGCGUCGAGAUUGGCUCGGGCAGUGGCGUGAUCACCGCAUUCCUCGCGCAGAUCCUCGGUGCCACCGCUGCGGCGUACGUUGCUAUCGACGUCAACGAGCACGCCAACCGCUGCACUGUCGCCACGGGCAAGCACAACGGCGUGCGAAUCGAGGCUGCGCGUGCGUCGCUGCUCUCGGCGCUCCAACCGAGGGCGAGGGAAAAGAUCGACGUGCUGCUCUUCAACCCGCCGUACGUGCCGACGGAAGAAGAGGAGGAGCAGAUGGCGCAGCACGACAAAGACAUCGCCGGUGCAUGGGCUGGCGGCGCAACGGGCACAAAGCUCGUCGAUGCGCUCAUCGACCACGGCGUCAUUGCGGAUGCGCUUGCGCCCAACGGCAGAUUCUAUCUCGUGGCCAUCAAGCAGAACGACCCGGAAGGUAUCGUGAGCCGCCUUUGCAGCCAGGCGCUCCAAGCCGAGGUGGUGCUGAAGCGUCGAGCAGGAGGAGAGCAUCUGCACAUCAUCCGCGCCAUCAAGCCCGGAUCUAACAAGUAG